CAAAAAGUUGACAAUAAUAAUAAUAAAAAUAUAACCGAUGAAUGGCCUUAUGAUGAAAAAGAUUUAUUUAAAAUUGCAUUAAAUUUUUUCAAAGAAAAUGAAGGUAAAGCUUUUCAUCCAUCAUAUGAUCAACGAAAUAUGUUGGUUGCAUUAACAUUACAGGAAAAAUAUGGAAAAUUUAAUGAAGGAAAAGCAAUACCAUUAGGAGCUUUAGAUUUUGUUGGUCAUGAUCGAAGAAAUGCAUGGAUUUCUCUAACGACAAUGUCAUCGGAUGAAGCUCGUCAACAAUUCAUACAAUUAUUGGAUAAUUUAUGUCCAUUUUUUCGUUCCUAUUUAAUUGCUGUUCGUUGUGAUAUUGAAGAAAAACAAAGAAAACAAUUAGAAUUAGAAGAAUCGAAUAGGAAACAGUUGGAACAACAAGAAAAAUUUCGGGCUGAGGAAGAGGCUCGUUUGAAAGAAGAAGAAAACCGUAAACAAAAUGAAAAACAAAAACUUGUGAUUAAAGAAUUGCUUAAUCGUCAAACAAUCAAUCAAUUUACUAUAUAUGCACAACAACAAUAUCCUGAUAGUGAAGAAUUACAACAACAACUUAUUAAACAAUUACAAGAACAACAUUAUCAACAAUAUAUUGAACAAAUGAUGAUGGAACAACAACAACAACAACAGAAUGGACAAUUAUCAUCAUCAUCCAUAUUAAAUACAAAUAAUAAUCCUGUACUAAAUGUUGUUGAUAAUGGUGAUUCAACAGAAAAUAAUCAUCAUCAUCAGGAAUCAUCGAAUUUGGCCAAAUUAUCAUUGAAUGGUGAUCAUAAUAAUAUUAUUGAUGAAAUUAAUUUAUCAUCAACAUCGAUGCCAAAUGAAGAUCAAGAUGAAGGUGAUGGUGAAGAUGAUGAGGAAGAAUCAGAUGAUGAUGAUAGUUUAUCCAGACAAAUAAACAAUGCAUCAAUGUGGACUCGAAAAGAUUUAGUUGCUUUUAAAGAUUCAGUACAAUCAGAAGGUGGUCAUGGUAUUAUUAAAGUUGGUCAUGGUGAAAUUGCAACCAUACGUGUACCAACACAUGAUGAUGGUAGCUGUAUAUUUUGGGAAUUUGCAACCGAUCAUUAUGAUAUUGGUUUUGGUUUAUUUUUCGAAUGGAAUUCUUCGCCUGAUAGUCAAGUUUCUGUUUAUUUUAGUGAUAGUGAAGAUGAUGAAGAAGAAGAACAAGAACCAUCAACCACUGGACAUGAUGUUGAAAAAGGAACUAAUCGUAUUGUAAAUUCACGACCAUCAUCUUGUCGUCAUGUUGAUGGUGAUGGUAAUCAUCCACCGAUAAGUGCAAUCAUUCCAAUAUAUCGUCGUGAUUCACAUGAAGAAGUAUUUGCCGGUAGUCAUAUUUAUCCGGGUAAAGGUGUUUAUCUUUUAAAAUUUGAUAAUUCAUAUUCAUUAUGGCGUUCAAAAACAUUAUAUUAUCGUGUUUAUUAUACAAAAGAACCUUAAACGUCAAAGAAGAAUCACUGAAAAACCAUUUACACAUGUUAUCUGUAAUUAUACAAUCAAUUUUUUUUUACCGACAGCAAAGUAUUUAUUAUUUGUAAUUC